CCCCGCCGCGCCGCCGCCGCCCUCUGCGCCCCGCGGCGCCCCCCGGUCCCGCCCGCCAUGCCCGGCCCGGCCGCGGGCAGCAGGGCCCGGGUCUACGCCGAGGUGAACAGCCUGAGGAGCCGCGAGUACUGGGACUAUGAGGCUCACGUCCCGAGCUGGGGUAAUCAAGAUGAUUACCAACUGGUUCGAAAACUUGGUCGGGGAAAGUAUAGUGAAGUAUUUGAGGCCAUUAACAUCACCAACAAUGAGAGAGUGGUUGUAAAAAUUCUCAAGCCAGUGAAGAAAAAGAAGAUAAAACGAGAGGUUAAGAUUCUGGAGAAUCUUCGUGGUGGAACAAAUAUCAUUAAGCUGAUUGACACUGUGAAGGACCCUGUGUCAAAGACGCCGGCUUUGGUAUUUGAAUAUAUCAAUAAUACAGAUUUUAAGCAACUAUACCAGAUCCUGACAGACUUUGAUAUCCGGUUUUAUAUGUAUGAGCUGCUUAAGGCUCUGGAUUACUGCCACAGCAAGGGAAUCAUGCACAGGGAUGUGAAACCUCACAACGUCAUGAUAGAUCAUCAACAGAAAAAGCUGCGACUGAUAGACUGGGGCCUGGCAGAGUUCUACCACCCUGCUCAGGAGUACAAUGUCCGUGUAGCCUCGAGGUACUUCAAGGGCCCGGAGCUUCUCGUGGACUAUCAGAUGUAUGAUUACAGCUUGGACAUGUGGAGUUUGGGCUGUAUGUUAGCAAGCAUGAUCUUUCGAAAGGAGCCCUUCUUCCAUGGACAGGACAACUACGACCAGCUUGUUCGCAUUGCCAAGGUUCUGGGUACAGAUGAGCUGUAUGGCUAUCUGAAGAAGUAUCACAUAGACCUAGAUCCGCACUUCAACGAUAUCCUGGGACAACAUUCACGGAAACGCUGGGAAAACUUUAUCCAUAGUGAGAACAGACAUCUCGUCAGCCCCGAGGCCCUAGAUCUUCUGGACAAACUUCUGCGAUACGACCAUCAGCAGAGACUGACUGCCAAAGAGGCCAUGGAGCACCCGUACUUCUACCCCGUGGUGAAGGAGCAGUCCCAACCUUGUGCAGACAACGCUGUGCUUUCCAGUGGCCUCACGGCAGCCCGGUGAAGUCUGGAAGGCGACGGAACAGCAACACUGCCUGGGUUGUGAUCCCUUCCAAAUGAUCACUUCAGACACACUUGGCCACCUCUUUGUAUCACUGGAUGACUGAUGUCUGAUGUGCUGCUGCCCUUAGAGGAAAGACAAGUGUCAUGUGAAACCUUGUUUUCAAAAAUAAAAAUGUUGAUAACCACCAGAUUCCCAAGCGGGAGACAAGCCACUGCUAUGAGGCCCUUAAACUUGUAUUUCCUGUCUCUUGGGGGAGAGGAGGGGUGCACCUUGAACUGGAAAGAUGUGUGUAUGGGGGUUGCAGUUCAUCACCACCUUCGUGUGGAGCUUUCCUUUAUCAAGAGAGGUGGGACUAGAGUGGUGUCAUGUGGGGCUUGUGCUGUUUCUUGGUACUUGCUCCAGAAUCCCUCUCCUAGGCACCUGCUUCUGGGAUUGGCCCAUUUUAGUGCACAACUUUAACCUUUGUGUCUGAGUGUUCUGCGUUUAUGAAAACCUCUCCCCACUCCCAUUCCUUGCAUCAAGAGCGGGCACACGCUAUUGUGUGUCUGCAUUUGGCAGAUGGUGGUGUCUUUAAUUAGUGUGCUUCUCACUGAUGGAACCCUGAGUGGCGCUGGACGCUUGGAAAUCAGUUGCUGAAGUGCUUAAAGGCAAAUAGUCCUUUCUUUCUUGAACCUCACGCACCAUGCGGCCUUUCUCAAGAAAGGCCUUUCUUCCUUUACCCAGAGGAAGUUUUCACGAAGCGAUGUUUCUGUGACAGCUUCCCAGGGGCACAGUCCUUUUCUCUCGAUGUAGUGCCGAUCUGUGAGACGUUGCUUCUAGAAUUCCGCUGCUGGCAUCUCACCACCCACUUCACUGUGCUGGACAUGGAAGGGAAAAUGGGGUUUUUAGGCCAUGCCUCACAGCUGCUCCCAGGGGAGAGUUAAAAAUAUUUGAGCUCCCUUUUUGCUCUUUGUUUAUUAGUGGACUGGGCACUUUCCUGGUAUAAAUACAGUCCUCUGAUUAUUAGUCCCAAGACAUCCUCAGUAAACGGGGUCAAGGCUGAUGGGGACCCAGCGUUGGACUGUUGAGCCUGUCACUCAGCUUGCUCAGAACAGUCGAGAGGCCUCGGUGCUCCUAAAUCUGCACUCUGAACCCAAGAGGCAGGGAGGAGACUCGGGCACACAUGCUGUGUCCGGAGCUUUCCCCUCUUCCUCCCAGGAGCCUGCACCCGAAACCGCCUCUGCUAGUGGUGAUCACGAGAGGAAGGAAGAGGGUAUUACUCGAAACCCGAGACCGUAGAGUUAGUUCUUACCAGGUUUUCCACACAGUGGCGUGGGAAAGUCAAGCUUGCACACUGUUCCCAGCACUCUUCGAGAGAAGGAAGCCACAGGCAAGUGGAGGCCUGUCCUCACUCCGGGUCAGAUUGAUUAAUGUCGUCUUUCCCCUCCUCCCA